AUGGCAAAUGCCAAAGAUACCCGUGCAGCAUUCUCGGGUCUCAUCGAUAAACCUGUGCUCACUGAUGAGCUGCUCGCUCGUCCUCCAUUCAGGUUCAUUCUGGACAUUGUGUCAUCGACAGCCGCAAAAACUGGUUAUUUACGAGAUCGCUUCUCUGUGGAGGCCCUGAAUCCUGCCAAAUUCAAAGAGAAAGCCGACAAAACUGCGUUUCUCGAUUCGCUGAUUGAAGCUGUCAAUGAUGGCUCGUUGCCUACAAUUAAAUCGGCGAAAAUAGUUGCUGGCAAGGAGCCGGAAUUGACAAAUGGUAACUUCAGUGUUACGUUCUCACUACUUAUUAUUCAUAAUAUGAUUUAA